AAUAGAACGAGAUAAACGCAUCCGAUUCCAAACCCUAAUUUAACAUGAAUAUAACAUAUCGCACCAAUGCAACAUAUUUUAUGAUGGAUCUCAUAUUAUAUGCCUUCUUCUAUUUCAUGUAUUUUUUCCUGUCUUUGCCUUUGACUUAAGGCCUGCUCGUAUUUAAGAUGCUAUGAAACACCUGAAACCAUCAUUAAUGUAGAAACACAGAUGCUAAAUAAAUCAAUGGAAAUAAAUCAUGCUAUUUCAAAUAUUAUUUACAAAUAAUGUACAAUGCAUAGGCCUACAUUAUACUUACAAUACUAGCCUCAAACUAGGAUUACUUUCACUUGGUUUGCUACACAUGACCACAUGGGGGCGCAGUUGAUCUAUCUGUGUCUUACCCUACGAUGUAGAGGUACUUCAAUUGACGGUAGUGAGUACUGUUUCAAUUCGUAAUUUCCCCUUUUCAUUGUCAAUUUAUCAUUUUUAGAAAUAGUUUGGUUGACAUGCUGCCUGUGUUGACUUCAAUGACUGAACCUUUGACUGUGUAACCCUACAUCAUGCUAGUAGGCGAGUAGUGUGCAGUGAGUCAAUGUUUCGAGUGCGCUGACACUGCUGAGCUGGUGAAACUUCUCACAGACACAUCAACACCAAACUAAACCGGGGCCGUCCUAAAGCGAAGGCCCUCCCUGGCUCGCCUGGCGGCGGAUGUGAGGUCACCAGCAUUAUGACGGCGGUCAGAGAGCCCCGGAGCCUUUAAAAGGACCUCGGCCCCAACCUUCAGCAUUCACGUGGAAACAUCCCCGAGGCUGUUUGGGAGGGAGAAACAAAGCCUGUUAACAUGCCUUCCUCUCUGCUCCUGGCUGCUAUGGCCACUAUAAUGACCGUCUCCAUUUCAUGGGUUGGGGCCCAAACCAACUGCAAGGACCGCUGCGGCCUGGAGUUCUACCGAGGCUACAUGUGCCAGUGCGACUACGGCUGUCUGGCCCAUGAGGAAUGCUGCACGGACUAUGAAUCCCAAUGCACCCAAAGACACUCGUGUAAGGGGCGGUGUGGGGAAGCCUUUAAGAGGGGCCGCAGGUGCACCUGUGAUCCUGAAUGUAUCAAGUUCAGCAACUGCUGUCCAGACUACAAGAACCACUGCGACGCAGCAGCGGAGGACGAAGCAGAGCUGCAGAAAUGGACUUCUGCAGAUGACCCUUUGAUUUCACCUGUCGCUCCACAGGACAACUAUGAUGAAUUCAGCAAUGAUUUCUACGAACCGAACUUUCCAAACCUCCCUGACGAUCCUCUUUCAAAGGAGGACUUUGAGACCACAUCCGUCCCAAAGCCCACUCAGGCCAUCCUCCCCGACAUGGGCGGCUCUGACCUCACCAAACCAUUCAACCAAGACAUCGCGCAGCCCGAUUCUGAUCUGCAGACUAGACAGGAGUUUGUAGCAAGUGGAACAGAUGGAUACGAAACCAUUGAGCCAAGUGUGCCCCUUAUUUACCCAACAGAUUCAACUACCUACCCUGACCUAACUACCAACCCAACAGAAUCAACUACCACCCCAGACCUAACUACUAACCCAACAGAUUCAACUACCACCCCAGACCUAACUACUAACCCAGCAGAAUCAACUACCACCCCAGACCUAACUACCAACCCAACAGAUUCAACUACCACCCCAGACACAGAAUCAACUACCACCCCAGACCUAUCUACCAACCCAACAGAAUCAACUACCACCCCAGACCUAACUACCACCCCAGACACAGAAUCAACUACCACCCCAGACCUAACUACCAACCCAACAGAUUCAACUACCACCCCAGACCUAACUACCAACCCAACAGAAUCAACUACCUACCCAGACCUAACUACCAACCCAACAGAAUCAACUACCACCCCAGACCUAACUACCACCCCAGACACAGAAUCAACUACCACCCCAGACCUAACUACCAACCCAACAGAAUCAACUACCACCCCAGACCUAACUACUAACCCAACAGAAUCAACUACCUACCCAGACCUAACUACCAACCCAACAGAAUCAACUACCACCCCAGACCUAACUACCACCCCAGACACAGAAUCAACUACCACCCCAGACCUAACUACCAACCCAACAGAAUCAACUACCACCCCAGACCUAACUACCAACCCAACAGAAUCAACUACCACCCCAGACCUAACUACCAACCCAACAGAAUCAACUACCUACCCAGACCUAACUACUAACCCAACAGAAUCAACUACCUACACAGACCUAUCAACCAACCCAACAGAAUCAACUACCUACCCAGACCUAACUACUAACCCAGCAGAAUCAACUACCACCCCAGACCUAACUACUAACCCAACAGAAUCAACUACCACCCCAGACCUAACUACUAACCCAGCAGAAUCAACUACCUACCCAUACCUAACUACUAACCCAACAGAAUCACCUACCUACCCAGACCUAACUACCAACCCAACAGAAUCAACUACCUACCCAGACCUAACUAUGACACCAACCUCCAGGGUAGAUGUAACUCCAUCUGUAGUUCCAGGGACCACAGGAGCUACGCAGGCUUACUCCUCCUCAGAAGCUUCCACUUCUUCCGUUCCCACCCCCUCGAGUGCUGGACCACAAAGCGACACUCUGAGCACACUUCCUCCUUCAACCACAGACCCGACAGUAAAGGGAAACCAAGAGGAGGGAAGAGUGUCUUCAACUCCGACAACAUCUGAACCUACCACAACUCCCCAGGCCAGGCCAAACCGUCCCCUACCAAACCGUCUGACACCAGCAGCUAAUAAACCCAGCUGGGUCAGGCCCACUCCUAAACCAAACCAAAGGCCAAGUUACCAAGCAGAUGACAGCAACGAUAUGAACCUCUGCAGUGGACGUCCGGUGGGCGCGGUUACCACACUCGGGAAUGGCACAAUUGUGGUUUUCCGAGGACACUACUUCUGGCUGCUGGACCGUAACAGGGUCCCGGGGCCGGCGCGCCGCAUCACGCAGGUGUGGGGCGUCCCGUCGCCCGUCGACACCGCCUUCACCCGAUGCAACUGCCAGGGCAAAACAUACAUCUUCAAGGGCUCCUUGUAUUGGAGGUUUCACAAUGACGUGGUUGACCCUGGCUACCCCAAGUUCAUCCACCAUGGCUUUGACGGCCUCCGGGGGCAAAUCACAGCUGCCCUGUCGGUGCCGCAGUACCAGAGCCGGAGGGAAUCCGUCUACUUCUUCAAAAGAGGGGGUUUGGUCCAGAAGUAUUCAUACCAGUUGGGCACCGGGUCAACAUGUGGCAAGAAGCGGCAGUAUUCCAUUAACAUUGUGCGUCACCGUAUGGCACGCCAAGCAGUGUCCGUCCUAGAGCCGUCCAUUCGCAUCAGUAUGUCUUGGAGGGGUUUCCCCACCAGCGUCACGUCUGCAGUGUCCAUCCCGAGCCGCAGGACGCCGGAGGGCUACAAGUACUACGUCUUCUCAAGAUCGAAAUACUACAACGUGCAGAUGAAUACUCCACAGCCUGCCAUCGUGGUCCCUCCGGUCCAGGCAGCGCCUCAACAUACCUCCAACGCCUUCUUCAGGUGUCCCUGAGCUGCCCCCGGGCCAAGCGCACCCUGCCCCAAACAGAGACUCGCACACAACUCUUCAACAAACUGUUUAUUACUUAAGAAACCUGCUUGGAGUGCAGCUACAGAAGCACUUGGAAGUACAUAAAAAGGACAACAUAAUUAAAUGGAACAUUAUCUAAACACUAAAAUGCAGCUUCACUGUGAGGCGUUGGAGCGUUGUAGGAGCUUCAGCGGGCGAAGCGUCUGGCUCCUGCUCCUCGAGAGGGGAAGGGGUGGCCUGGGGGGGGGGGGACAGAAGACACGUUACAAAAGGAGUCUGAUGUUGCAGCAGACAGCGCCUGGACGAUGUGACACACUUUGAUAAUGUAUCCAAAUAUGUGAGAAUGUGUGUAAUUCUUUGUAUUGUUUUAUUAAAAAAUAUUUACUGAGUUAAUUGCAUUA